UGGGAAUGGAAUUUAGCCUUCGGCUCCCGAGGAUCGCAUCCCCUCGUUUCUCCGCAGGCCCCGAGUCGGGGGGCGUCCACAAACUGAGUCACAAUCACGGAUUCUUUAAGCCGCCGUAGAGGACUUCGUGACAUUGAGGAAUCAUCUUCCAAAACAAAGGCAGAGAAAAAGAAAAUGGUUCGAAUGCCGGCACCAGUCAGCUCGCUGCUGUGGCGUUCGCUCCGGGUGUACCAAGUCUACGGUGCCAACACCGACGUUGGCAAGACCAUCAUCGCUACCAUCCUCUGCAAAGCUGCUCGCGGGCUAUGGCCGAGUCAACGCACCACCUAUCUCAAACCGGUUUCGACCGGUCCUGAUGAGGUUGCAGAUGACCGACACGUUCGAAGGUUCGCACCAGAGAUCGCUGCAAAGACGCUCUUCCAGUACGACCUCGCCGUCAGCCCCCACAUUGCGGCUCGCUCCUCGAACAAAUCCAUCCCUCCAGACGAUGCCCUCCUCGCCGAAAUCUCAAGCUACGCUGCCCAGCAGGCGCAUCACGGCCCAGGAUGGCUCUUCGUCGAGACAGCAGGGGGCGUCCACUCGCCGUCCCCGUCCGGUUCCACGCAAGCAGAUCUGUACAUGCCGCUACGGCUGCCUGUCAUUCUGAUCGGCGACAGCAAGCUCGGGGGCAUCUCGCAGACCAUCUCAGCAUUUGAAUCGCUCAAGAUCCGCGGCUACGAUGUCGAGACAGUUCUGCUCUUCCGAGAAGCCACGUACAACAAUCACUCGUAUCUGGCCCAUUACUUUGCACAGCGGCACGAGAUCCCGGUCAGGACGGUGCCGGAGCCGCCGCCCAAGCCUUUGGAGGACGACGACGCGGUUUCGGAUGCUGCGCGGUUGUCCCGCUACUACGACGACUGCAGCCAGAGUCGUGAAGUACAAGACACCCUCAGCCACCUGUCCGCUCGCCACGACGCGCGUGUCUCGCGUCUGGGGUCCAUGAGCGCCGCAGCGUCCGAGAAGAUCUGGUAUCCCUUCACGCAGCAGAAGGACCUCACGCCGGAGAAGAUCGUCGUCAUCGACUCGGCAAGGGGGGACUUUUUCCACACUCUCCAGUCCAAAGCCACCACCACUAGCACUAGCACUACCACACCAACAAAUCUAGAUGAUCCCGAUGCGUUAUUGCAGCCAUUUUUCGACGGCUCCGCCUCGUGGUGGACGCAAGGCCUGGGCCACGGCAACCCGCACCUCACCCUCGCAGCCGCCUACGCCGCCGGGCGCUACGGCCACGUCAUGUUCGCCGAGGCCAUCCACGAGCCGGCGCUCGCGUUGGCCGAGACGCUGCUGGCGGGCCUGGACAACCCGCGGCUCUCGCGCGUGUUCUUCUCGGAUAACGGGAGCACGGGCGUCGAGGUCGCGGUCAAGAUGGCGCUUCGUGCUGCGAGGCUGCGGUAUGGCUGGGAAAGUGGAACGGGACCAGGCCGGGAUGGGGAUGGGGAUGGGGAUGAGGAGGUGCUGGGCGUGCUGGGUCUCCAGGGCAGUUACCACGGCGACACCAUUGGGGCCAUGGACUGCUCCGAGCCGAGCGUGUAUAACGAGAAGGUGGAGUGGUAUGAAGGCAAGGGGUUCUGGUUCGAGUAUCCGACUGUUGAGUGUAGUCAGGGUGCGUGGAGGAUCAAAAUGCCGGACGGGAUGCGGGAGUUUGGUGGUGAUGGGACAUCAACGCCUGGCGCCGCCUAUCCUCAUCUCUCUGCCAUUUUUGAUGUCGAACGCCGGGAGGCAGCGGGUGAAGGCCGGCUUUAUGGACGGUUCAUCCGCACCACGCUUGAGAGACUGGCUGCCCAGGGGCGGAAGUUCGGGGCUCUCAUCAUUGAGCCCGUCGUCCUCGGCGCGGGCGGCAUGUUGCUGGUCGACCCCCUAUUCCAGCGGACCCUCGUCAGCACCGUCCGACAGUCCGCACAUCUCUUCGGCCGAACCACACCUAGCACCACCAUCAACCCAGUACCAGUGGCUGAACACAACCAAACAUGGACGGGCCUCCCCGUGAUCUUCGACGAGGUAUUCACGGGACUGUACCGGUUCGGCCGCUUCAGCGCCGCGUCCUUCCUCGGCGUCCACCCGGACAUCUCGGUGCACGCCAAGCUGCUAACGGGCGGGCUGGUGCCGCUCAGCGUGACCGCCGCGUCCGAUAGCAUCUUCCGAGCCUUCGCGAGCGACGACAAGAGCGACGCCCUGCUGCACGGCCACAGUUACACGGCGCACCCCGUCGGAUGCCAGGUGGCGCUUGCGAGCCUCCGGGAGAUGCAGAGAAUGGAGGCGCGAGGGGACUGGGACUGGGCUCGCGCUGCGCACGAGCGAACUGAUUCUCAUCGAGAUCCAUCGGCAACAAACCACGCGACAGAAUGCCUUGCCUGGUCUGUCUGGAGUCCGGAGUUUCUGUCGUGGGUCGGUGCGCUACCGACACGCUUCGUCGGCGGCGUGUGGGCGCUCGGAUCUGUCCUAGCUAUUCGGCUCACCAGCGUCGAUGGCAGCACGGGAUACAAGGGCAGUGCCGCGAGGGCGGUUCACGCUGCGUUGCUUCGGGGACGUGUCCACUCCUAUGGCCCCAGCGACCAAUCUCAGUCGCGGUGGAACGUGCACAGUCGGGUGCUGGGCAACACACUGUAUCUGAUGACCGGCCAGAGGACAACUGAGGAGACUGUUAAGGGGGUAGAAAGCCUGCUGCGUGAGGUGUUGGAGAAGGCUUGUAACGGACCCUAGCACUUCCUCCUAGCAGACUGUGGGUGGGUGACGUACACUGUGAAUUCGGAGAUUAUAGGGACUAGCAACCGGACUGGGCGGAGCUGCUGGAUGGUAGUCGGCAUGUGCGUUCGGGGAGCUGAGACAAGAGGGAAACUUCUUUGAUUUCCUGAAGUCUGACGAUACGUACCCUGAGUUCGAGGC